UGAAGCAAAGUGAUGAGAUGGUGAAGAAAGGCCUGCCUAAGAAUAAGACGGAAGCUGAGAGUUUCAUACAAGAGCACCAGAACUGGAAGGCUGAGAUUGAUGCUCGCGGUGAGCGUAUAGAUUCAGUUAAGAGUUUUGGACAGAAUCUUGUUAAGUCCGGACACAGCGAUUCAGCAGAGAUUAAAGAAGCCCUACACAAGCUGAAGGAUGCCAAAACAAAGCUUGCUCAAGCUUGGGAGGACCGAAAGAAAACUCUGGAUCAAGCACUGAAGCUUCAGAUAUUCCUGGGCUAUGCCGACCAGACUGAGAGCUGGAUAAGUAACCGGGAGGCUUUCUUGGUCAAUGAAGAUCUUGGGGGUUCAUUGUCAGAGGUGGAGGCUCUUCAGAGGAAGCAUGCUUUGUUUGAGAACUCUCUAGAAGCUCAGAUGGAGCAGGUGGCAGAGGUUGACAGAUGUGCUCAGCAUCUCAUACAGGCACAGCACUAUGACUCUGACAACAUCAAGAAGAAGAUCAAAGCUAUUCUGCUCAGGAAGGACAAAGUACUGGAAAUGAGCAAAACCAGACGAAAAGCAUUAGAAGAAUCUCUACAGCUGCAGAAAUUCCUGGAAGGAAGCUAUGAGGUUUCCUCAUGGUUGAAUGAGAAAAACUCUGGCUGUUGAUGAGAGCUGGACAGAUCCUAUUAACCUUCAGGCUAAGCUACUAAAGCACCAGAGCUUUAAAGGCAGAGAUACUGGCCAACCGCAACAGAGUGCAGACCAUCAUAAAAGAGGGUGAUAACAUGCUAGCUUCCAGUCAUCCUGCUAAAAGCAAGAUAAAACCACGAAUAAAGGAUGUUGAUGACAGCUGGGACCAGCUUUUAAGCAACUGCAAGGAGAAAAAGUUACGUCUACAGCAAGCAUAUCAGGCGUUGCAGUUCCAGCGCUCCUUGGAUGACAUUGAGGAGUGGCUUGGGUCAGUGGAGGUAGAAGUGGUGAGUAAGGACUACGGUGGUAACCUGGCCUCAGUUAGCAGGCUGCUUAAGGCCCAGCAGGGUCUGGAGGAAAUGGUAGAUGCACAAAUGGAGAAGGUCCAGGGGCUGGUGGACACAGCCAAAGACUUCAGCUCUCAAGGCAACUUCCUUGCAGAAAAUAUACAGCAGAGGGUUUGGGAGGUGGUCAAC